UCCUCCCUCAGCUUCAUGCAGGGCUCCCCUGCUUAGCAUCCCCUCUCUGAGGCCGGGAGGGACCGGAGGACAGCCCUUCGUGUGUCGCAGGGAUGAGGGGAGGGGCCCCUUUUUGUAGCCAUGACAGUUGGUGGGGAGGUCAGCGGCUGUUGUGCCCUAUUCUAAAGGGAACAUGAGAUUUGCUCAGCAAGACAAUCAGAAAUUCUAAAGGUUUUCCUUCAGUGACAUGAAAUCUUAAAGUGCAGACCAAAUAAAAAAAAAAUGGGAGCAAGUAGCAGCAGCGUCAAUGAGCUUCCAGAAAACGAAUACUUAAAAAAAUUGUCAGGACGAGAGAGAAUCUCUGAGAAUGACCCAUUCUGGAAUCAACUGCUCUCUUUUAGCUUUAAUACCCCAACAAACAGUGCCGAGUUAAAGCUUUUGGAAGAAGCUGCUGUCUCGGUCUGCAAGUCUUUAGUGGAGAAUAAUCCUCGAACAGGAAAUCUAACAGCGCUGAUUAAAGUCUUCCUUUCUAGAACCAAAGAGUUAAAAAUUUCAGCAGAAUGUCAAAACCACCUCUUUAUCUGGCAGACUCACAAUGCACUGUUCAUUAUUUGCUGCUUGCUCAAAGUGUUGAUCUGUCAAAUGUCAGAAGAGGAGUUGCAAGUUCAUUUCACCUACGAGGAAAAAACACCAGGCUCUUAUGGAUCAGAAUGUGAAGACCUUAUGGAAGAGUUACUGUGCUGCCUCAUUCAGCUGAUUGUUGAGAUUCCUCUUUUAGACAUAACAUACAGCAUUUCUCUAGAAGCUGUGACGACUUUUGUUGUUUUCCUCUCCUGCCAACUGUUCCACAAGGAAAUUCUGCGGGAAAGCAUCAUUCAUAAAUACCUCAUGCGUGGUCGAUGUCUCCCGUAUACCAGCAGACUUGUGAAAACAUUGCUAUAUAACUUCAUCAGACAAGAGAGAAGUCCUCCCCCAGGGACACAUGUCUUUCAGCCAGAGUCAGACGGAGGAGGACUGCUUUAUGGAAUUGCAUCAGGAGUAGCAACUGGCCUAUGGACAGUGUUCACAUUGGGAGGCGUGGGCAGCAAGCGUGCUCCUCAGCAGGAGGAGUCUUCACCUCUAGCUAAUCAAAGUCUUCUGUUGCUACUUGUGCUAGCAAAUCUGACUGAUGCACCAGAUACACCAAACCCUUACAGACAAGCUAUUAUGUCCUUCAAGAACACACAAGAUAGCACUGCUCUUCCUUCACCAAAUCCUCACACUUUCCAGAUUAAUUUUAACAGUUUAUAUACCACUUUGUGUGAGCAGCAAAACUCUGAUCAAGCAACCCUUCUUUUGUACAUCCUUCUGCAUCAGAACAGCAAUGUUCGAACAUAUAUGUUGGCUCGAACAGAUAUGGAAAAUCUGGUUUUGCCAAUUCUUGAGAUCCUUUAUCAUGUCGAAGAAAGGAACUCUCACCAUGUUUACAUGGCUCUGAUAAUUUUGUUAAUCCUUACCGAAGAUGAUGGCUUCAAUCGAUCCAUUCAUGAAGUGAUAUUGAAAAAUAUUACUUGGUACUCAGAACGUGUAUUAACAGAAAUUUCCCUGGGGAGUCUCCUGAUACUAGUAGUAAUAAGGACUAUUCAGUACAACAUGACACGAACAAGGGACAAAUACCUUCAUACAAAUUGUUUGGCAGCUUUAGCCAAUAUGUCAGCACAGUUCCGCUCACUUCAUCAGUAUGCCGCUCAGAGGAUCAUCAGUUACACCUGCCGCCACUUGCGGAGAUAUGUAUAUGUCUUGGACAAACUCUAUUUUCCCCACUCCCACUGCUCUACGCUGCAGCAUUGCUUCUCGAGCCUCAGUGACAAUGGAGAGGAGCUGCUGUCUUUAACUUGUUCUCACAUUCUCAGAUCUUAUGCUUCCAGUUUGUUUUCAUUGUUGUCAAAAAAGCACAACAAGGUUUUGGAGCAAGCCACACAAUCCUUGAGAAGUUCCCUUGCUUCAGAUGACUCUCCGCUUCCGGAUUAUGCACAAGACCUGAAUGUUAUUGAAGAAGUCAUUCGAAUGAUGUUAGAGAUAAUCAACUCUUGCUUGACAAACUCACUACAUCAUAACCCUAACUUAGUAUAUGCACUGCUUUAUAAGCGGGAUCUCUUUGAGCAAUUUCGAACUCAUCCCUCUUUCCAGGAUGUAAUGCAGAAUAUAGAUCUGGUGAUCAGCUUCUUUAGCUCCAGAAUUGAGCAGGCUGGGGCUGAGCUGUCUGUAGAGAGAGUUCUGGAAAUCAUCAAGCAAGGAGCUGUUGCUCUGCCCAAAGACAGGCUCAGGAAAUUCCCAGAGCUGAAGUUUAAAUACGUGGAAGAGGAGCAACCUGAGGAGUUCUUCAUCCCUUACGUCUGGUCCCUGGUGUACAAUUCUGCUGUGGCACUUUACUGGAGCCCACAAGACAUCCAGCUCUUUACUAUGGAUUCUGGCUGAAGGGGAGACAUACACAUGGCCCGCCCACCUCUUCCCAGAAUGCAUCCCUUCAACCUAUGGAACAGGAAGUUUGUUACUAAUGUACUGCCCCAUUGCCAUUUUCAGGGGGCUUAUUAGGAACCAGAAUAAUAGGGGAACUCUCACAAGAUUGUAUGCUUUUAUUUAUAUAUUUGUAAAAAAACAAAAACAAACAAAAAAACCCAAGAGAUUUUUUUUCCAGCGGCUCUGAGCUGGGGGGGGGG